AUUUUAACAAAUUAUUACAUUUUGGCAUUUUAGUUUGAUUUUUGCUGUCAUACCGAAUAGAUCGAAUAAAGAGCAAUGGAACUAGUUCAAAUUUUUGCAGUUCUAUAUCCGAUUUUAGUCUCAAUUGAGUCGGCAAAUAUUCUCACAAUUACACAAUAUCCGUACUUUAGUCAUCAAAAUUUUCAUCAUAAAAUAAUGGAACUACUCCUUGAACAAGGACAUAACAUAACAAUAUUUACAACACAUUCACAUGAUUAUGGUGAUAAUCCGAAUGUUACGCAGUACGUAUUUCCAGAAUCAGUUAAAAUUCACAGUCAAUACACAGACAUGCUGAUGUACAAGCAGAAGCAGUUGCAUUAUAGUGAAAUUAUAUUUAAGUAUGAAAUUAAAGCUUAUUAUGAAGCAUCAAGGAAGGAAUUGGAACAUCCAGCAAUACAAAGUUUAAUUCACAACAGCAGCAAUUAUCAUUUUGACUUAGUUAUUGUGGAAUGCUUUGUAUGUCCAUUUUUUCUCAUGGCUGAAAUCUUUGACUGUCCACUCGCUUACUUGAGUGCCAUUGAGCCACCAAACAUUUUUCAUUCGAUGAUUGGGAAUGAUGUGAAUCCACUGAAAUAUUCUGAAAGUACAGUUUUGCCAUCCGUUCACGGGAAAUUGACACUUUAUGAGAAAUUUCGAUCCAUAAUGUUUCAAUUCUUUUAUCAGGAAUUCAUCUUUAAUAUUUACAAUAGCUACAAAAAUGUCAUUUUAAGAUGGGAAUAUAUGUCACAUUUGGGAGUAAAAGUGGCACUGCCACCAAAUGAUCGUUACAGUCUACUUAUCCUGAAUACAAAUCAUGCUGUGGGUCAUGUAAGAGCAAUGAUGCCACAUUCUAUUCAAAUUGGAUUUUUCCAUAUUGACAAGCCAAAAGAAAUAAAGGAUUUAAAACUUAUGGAAUUUCUAGAUAGUUCCAAAAAAGGAGUAAUCAUCAUGGUCUUUGGAUCUACAGUUAAUGCAAAGAAUUUAGGAACUGUUGUGGUCAGAAAAUUCAUGAAUACAUUCAAAACGUGUAAUAUGAGUGUUUUGUGGAAGCUUGAAGAAGUUGAGGAUGGGCUUGAGGUGCCAAGUAACGUCAAAAUUGUAUCAUGGCUGCCACUUGCUGAUGCCUUAGCACAUCCAAAUGUGAAGCUUCUAAUUUUCCAUGGUGGAAUAUUUUCAACUUAUGAAGCAAUUGACAGAGAAGUUCCAAUGAUUGUUUUUCCAUUAGCCUUCGAUCAGCCUGCAAAUGCAAGAUUUUUAGUCGAGAAAGGAAUUGCUAUGGAAAAAGACUUGAAUAAUUUUGACGAGUCUGAAUUGAGUUCAGCUAUUCAGGAAAUGAUAAAAUUUAAGUAUGUUCUUAAUAUAAGAAAAGUGCGGUCAAUGGCAUAUAAUACACCAAUAAGUAGUCGAGAUCUUAUAGUAUGGCAUGUGAAUAAUGCCAUUAAGAAUCGAAUUAUUUAUGCUAAAGAUUUUGGAAUCAUGUGCAUAUUUGGAUCUCCUUUAAAUCAUUUCUUGGCAUAUGGUGCUCUGAGUUUCUUAUUGCUUUGCUAUUUAAUUUGGAAGAUAUUUUCAAGGAAUCAAAAGAAAUGCAUUAAAGUGGAUUAAGAUUGUUAUGCGAUCAGCAUUAACAGGUAUUGGGGUCGUUCACAAAUGAUGUCAAGAGCUGUGUACCAGACUAUGCAGUCAGACUGAGAUAUUUAUUGCAUUUGUGGAUGAAACCAUAUUUUUAUUGGAAUCAAUUAAUUAAUAGAACCUUCUGGAACCAAAUAUUUUACUUAAUUUACUCAUAUGGGGCUGUUCACUUAUUACGUAACGCGGAACAUAAUUUUCAGACUGCUCAAAAAGUAACUUAGAAGCAAACGUCCCUUAAUAAGUGUACAACCCUUAUAACUCAACUUAGACUUAAGGCAAUCAAUUAUAAUUGACCAGAACAGCACGUGUCUUAGAAAAGUGGCACUAGACUGUCAUGAAGCUGGCUUUAGUUCAAACUAGCUCCAUGUCAGCCUCAUGGAAGCCUGUGCUUCUGUUUUGAGACUGUUCAACCCAGUUUGCUAUUUAAAUUGAUAUUAAAUCAUUAUGUAGUGUGAAUGGCAUCAAGAAUAUUCUGAAAAGUUCAUCCAAGCAGCAAAAUGAUUCAAUAAAAUGAUUAGAAACAAUCUAUAAAUAGUUUAAGAACUGGUUUUUCUUGCAUUUUAAGUAUAAUUUGUUGCAGCUGUGAUAUUUAUGGACGGAACAUUUUAAACAUCGCCUUAUUUAAAAUGCAAAAUGUGAGGAGAAAAUUAAUUCAAUUGCCAAAAGUCAGGAUUUUCGGUUGAUUUGAUGGGGAUUUGUUGAGAAACUCUUAUGAAGAUGUUUUGACGGCUAUAAGCAAUGUUUGGAAUUUUUGCGUAUUGCCAAUUAAUGUUUCGUUUUUCAAGUCAAGUUCAAGAUCAUCGGAAGCAAUUUUUGGUGAUUUUUGAUAGCGUGUGUCACUAAAACAGUAGUUUUAACUGUUUUACGUCUACGACAUCCAACAACUGAUUAUCAAAAGACAUUGAGAUGUUGAAAAUUUCGAGAAAUGACUUAAUUUUCUAGCAAACGAUCGCUUGUCGCAGCUUUUCAUUGACAGUUUCGUUUCACAAUGCAGAUCAAGUAACAUUAAGCAUCAGCAUUCAACACUAGACAAGAAACAUUCGCGAAUUUAUCAUCCAAAUGCUAGUUUGAUCUGCGAAAUCCAAAAAACGUAUUUGCUUUUUGACAUUGAAAACCUGUUGUUUACAUUUUUAGGUAAAGAAAUAUGUAAAUUAGUUCCAUUUGUGAUUCAUGAUACGAGAAAAUUUGCGGAUCAUCAAUAAAAUGUCUUAAAACUUGUUUCCGAUGCAAAUUAAUUCUUAUUUUUUAUUUAUUUAACAAACGUCACUUACAGUGCUUGU